AUGUAUAAUCAACAUAUAAAACCAAAGAAAGUUUAUUUGAAUUAUAAUUACAUCAAGAGAGAGUUUCAAACUGAAAGAUCUAUAGUUCACACUAGGACUAGUUCAGUGAUGGAGAAACCAGCAAAAAGUUUAAGAAAUAGUUAAGUAAGUUUAAGUGUAGAUUGUGGAAAAUCAAAUAAAACUCAAUGUCUAAAGAUUAGAAAAUAUGUUUAUUUAUUUUAUGUAGAUGAAAAUGGACUAAAUGACUAUCUUAAAUUUAAUUUUAAAUAGAUAUUAGAGUCUUUUACAAAGAAUUGUAUUCCUAAUUUAUUGAAUGAAUAGACAUAUGCACUUUUUUUACCUUAUUCAUAAUCAUAUUCUUUUCCUUAGAGUAGAUUCUAAGGAGAUCAAUUCACAAAACUAAAAGAUGUUUAAUAAUUGAUUAAUUUUUUUCAUCAACUUAAAAUAAGUGGAGAAGAAUAUUAAGUAUAAAUUUAUUACAUUAAUAGAUAUAAAAAAUGUUUGAUUAUUUUUUUGUACCAUCAAAAGAAUUAGCUAUUUAAGUGAUUAAUGAUUUAAAAUUUCAAUUAGCUAAGAUGAUUAAGAAACCAAUAAAAAUUAUUUCCUUUUUUGAUGGUAUAGAAAUUUAGAAUGCUUGUUAAUUGGGUUGGAAUCCACCAACUUUAGUAUGUGCAGAAUCAAAAGAGAUACUAAUUAAAUAAUUACCAAAGAUAAAGGAAAGUAUUAGAAUAAGCAAGAGAAUCAAAUAAUUAUAGAAUUUUAAAUAGUAAAUGAUAUUAUAAUGUUGUAAAUAAGAUGUAAUAGUUUAUGGAGAUAGUAGUUUUAAAAGAUAAGAAUUAAUUAAAUAAAAUUUAAAACAAAUUAAAUAAAUUCAAUCAUUAGUUGAAUAUUAAAAAGAAUAUGAUAUAUAAUUACCAAAAUUAGUAGUCUAAAAUAUUAAUCCAAAAUUUAAAAUCAUAUAACCAUUAUAAGAAUAAGAAAAUGAUUAAGAUACAUAAAUUGAUCAUUUAACCUUAGAAAUGAUUAAUUCAAUAAAAUAAAGUAAUCAAAAAUUAGAUAACUAUCAAAUUUAUAAAUACUAUAUAGAUUAUAAAUCAUUAUGUAUGUUAAAUACAAAUCAAAAUGGAAUUCCUAUGAAAUAUUUUGUUAUUUAUAAUGACAUCCUGAGUGGACAUUGUUAGAAUGAAUUACUUAAGAUAUAUAGAGCUCUUGGAGUUAAUGUAGAUGUAAGCUAUAAAAUAGUAAUCUAAGAGUGGUAUCUUCAGAUGGAAAGAAUAUUUGUUAUUUAGAAUAUUGUAAGAUAAUUGUGGAAAUCCAUUCCAAGUAAUACAAUUCUUGCUCCAUUAUUUUAUGAAUGAUAAUCAAGAACUAAGUGAUAUAUCAGUGCGUACACAAUUAUAUUAGUUAUCUCAAAGAUUAAAUUAAUAUUCCAAUUCUAAAUAAGAAAUCAUUAAUAAAGCAAUGAGUUCUUUAGAAUGUCAAGAAUAAAAUAAUACAUUUGCUGAUAGAUUUGCUUUAACAAUAAUUAAAUGGAUGCAUAAAAAUGGUUUUUUUGUGAAGAAUUAUUUAAAUAAAGAAAUCAUGUUCUAAUAAUAUGACAGAAACGAAUAUACAUUUUUAUUUAUAAUAAAUUGUAUAUUGGGAUAAUUUAAGACUAAUAUACUUGAAUGGUUUUAUAAUAUAUAUUGA